AUGCCAGUCUUGGGACUUGCACAGGGGGGGACGGCUGGCUACCCUCCUCAUUUUGAUAUCGGAAAGGUCAUCAGGCCCAAUAUUCUCGCACUCCAACCUUAUCGAUGUGCAAGGGACGAUUAUCAAACCGGUGUGCUCUUGGAUGCUAAUGAGAAUGCUUUGGGCCAUUCAAUACCUUCAGGUGAUGAUGAGCUCCAAAUAUUACUUCAGGAGAAUCUCCAUCGGUAUCCCGAUCCUAGCCAUGACCAAGUCAAGCUUCGGAUUGCCCAGCUGCGUGGUAUUCCUGGCCCAGAAUAUGUUUUUCUUGGAGUUGGAUCGGACGAGGUUAUUGACCUGCUUAUGCGCGUGUGUUGCACACCGCAACGUGAUUCUAUCCUCACUACGCCUCCGACGUACGGAAUGUAUGCUGUGACUGCCCAAGUCAAUGAUGCCCAGAUUAUAAAAGUCCCUUUGGACAUUCAAGGUGGAAAAUUUCAGCCUCGGGUGGAUCAGAUUUGUGAAGUCACUCAGUCAAAUAGCACCGUCAAACUCAUAUUCCUGUGUUCCCCGGGAAACCCAACUGGGACCCUUAUCCCACUUUCUACUAUCAUUGCUAUUCUGGAGGAACCAUCAUUCAAGGGUAUCGUUGUAGUGGAUGAAGCAUAUAUUGAUUUCUCGGCUGAAGGCUCAAGCGCUGUUUCACUCGUUCGGAAAUAUGGUAAUGUAUGUGUCAUGCAGACAUUAAGCAAAAGCUUCGCCCUUGCCUCGAUACGCCUCGGAGUGGCCAUAGCGCAACCCCCACUUAUUCGCGUUUUGUCGAACACGAAGGCACCGUACAACGUUUCUGGCCCGACAGCCUCACUGGCACUCAGAGCGCUGUCUACCGAGGGCCUAGAAGGCAUGCAGAACAAAGUCAAGGCACUGGUUUCGUAUCGAACAGCAUUAAUAUCCGCGUUCAGGGAUCUUAAGCCUCUAGGGGUGGCCUCAGUCAUAGGCGGAAAUAACGCAAAUUUCCUCUUGCUUCCCAUCCUGAGUCAGCCGGAGAGUGAAGGCGGUAUACCCGAUAAUCAGAGGGCCAAGACCAUAUAUCACAAGCUCGCAGAGGAAUGCGGUGUCGUGGUUCGAUACCGAGGAGGGGAAUUGGGCUGUACAGGUUGCCUAAGGGUAACGGUAGGCACAGAAGACGAGAACAAGAUUCUCUUGCAAAAACUGCGAGAAACCCUGAUCGAGACCUUAUGCAAACCAUAA